UGUUUGCCAAUAUUAUUCAUACAAUGUUAAGGGUCAGAUUGCACCCUGCUCUAUGAUUUGCAAGACGUCAGCGGUGCUACUAUUUCAGCGGGCGCGGUGUUUGGACAACGGCGAUAAGGCCAGUCCUCAGUGGUGACCACCAAAUAUUAUUUUAACAGGAGGUCAGCGGUCACUCUGCCACAGGCAAUACAAGCGUUAACGCUCAUUUUUGUCUGUCAGCGGCCUCGUGUAUACACGUACAUGUACUGUACAUGUGUGUACAGUCGGCCUACUUGUACAGUACAUUGUACACUGCAUGCACAGGGCAUCGAUAUAAAAAUGUAUGACUUCCAUGGUCGCAGUUAGUGUCUGCAUCCUGCGGAUCAGUUCAACGUCGAUGGUUAUCCCUGCACACGUUUAAACUCAAAUCCUGCUUUAGAUGAAUUAUCACAAUGAGUGACCCUACAGACAUCGACGGUGGUCGGGCGUAUUUCGUGUUAUUAGCACUGCACGUGACCUACAUCUUAUUCGCCGGAACUAGUAAAGGAUUGGGAGUUCUCUUGCCAACGCUGAAGGAACAUUUCGACACGCAUACAUGGCUUGUUGGAUCCAUUAUAUCCUUGGUGAUGACUACUAUGGAUUUUUCAUCUUUAUUUGCAGGUGUGCUAAGUCAACGAGUUCCUUCCCGCUACAUCGUCACUAUAAGCGGCACGUGUGUGGCAGCAGGACUGUGCCUGUCGUCCAUCGCACAAACCGUCUUUCAGUUUGGUAUCUUCCUGGGAUUAGUUACAGGUGUUGGCUAUGGUUUUACUGUAAUUAUCAUGGAGAUUGAACUCGCGCGUCACUUUCACAGGAAGUACGCUUGCGCAAACGGCAUCGCGACUGCUGGGUCAUCCGUCGGCCUGUUUAUUAUGGCACCGUUGAUGCAGGUUUUGUUGGACACUUACGGGUGGAAGGGGGCGCUUCUUAUCCUCGGUGGACUGUCCUUUAACCUGACUGCAUGCGGCUGUUUGGUGCGUCCACAGGCUUCUUUGAGCAAAAAGGACAGUAACGAUGAUUGUCGAACAACUGACUCACAAGAUGAACUCGAAACUUUGGAUGCUGCUGACCAGGACUCCGCGCCGAGAAAGCCAAGCUGUUCUUGUUGCCUGACAUGUCGCUCUGGCUUCAGCAGGCUUACCAAGGCUGCAGACCUUGCUAUCUUCAAGGAGCUGCCAUUUAUCGUGGUUGUUAUAGUUGUCUCCUGCAUCAGGUUUGUGUUUUCAGCUUGGACCAUCUACUUCGUGCCCCAUGCGCAGGACAUGGGAUUCAGUAAGGUACAGGCAGCCAUGUUUGUAACCAUCACAGCUGUAGGUAACUUUAUCGGAAAGGCAAGUCACGGAUAUAUCGUGGACAGGAGAUUGAUAACAAGACGGGUCAUGAUCGGAUUGUCCACAUCUGUAACUGCCUUAAUAUUCUUUCUUGACCACUGGAUGACCACGGAGGUAGUCAUGAUCAUUGCCUGUCUAGUGAAUGGCAUAGCACUGGGAGUGGCCGGCAGCAUGAUACAAGUAUUCCUGAAGAAGACAGUAGGAGUUGAGAGACUUGCUAACAGUCUUGGGUGGACCAACGUCAUCUCCGGUUUUGUCCGCCUCGGUGCAGGCUUUUUCCCAGGUUGGAUAUAUGACCAGACAAUGAGCUAUUAUUUUUCCUUCGUCAUGAUUGGAUGCGUGUCAGCAAUAUGUCCCACUGUUCUCAUCUUGCAUUACCUCAUCUGCAGACGACCUCGUCAAGGCAGCUAUGAUUUAAUCUUCACUUGAUUUACCUUAAACUUCUACCUAGACUUGAUGACAAGUCGUUAGAUAGUUGUGUUUUGUCUGAGUGAACUUCAGUAGGACUCUAUCGACAUGGCUGUAGUGUAAGAUAAGAACAUAAUUGGCUCAGUUUUGACUUAUCUAACGACUUGGCAAAUAGACCUACGUUCUGGCACCUUUAUUCAUGAACGUGGGAGCAGCAUACGAUAUGUGCAAAGAAUUUCUGCAUUGAGAUCCAAUGAUGCAGUGCUAUGCAAGUACAUGUACAUAUAAGAGGAUUCAUUCACUACAAUUAAUGACGUUUCCUCUCGGUUCGUUGGGGCAUAUUUUCGAAUGUGGCCACAUUUAACGAUUAGUACACUCAUGUCAAUUGUGAAUUGGAAUAAAAUGUAUCGUGAUUUUUUUUAUUUAUUUGAGCCAUCACUGCCCUAUAGUAUUAUGUCCUUUAAAUAUUUCCCGAAUACGGAAGCGUAUAAGGGCCACUUGCAAAAAUGUGUUUCGAGUUAUUAUCUUGCCUCGGCGAGUUUUUUUGCAAGUGGCCCUUAUACGCUUCCGUACCUGAGUAUUACACAACACUAAAGUGACAAUAGGGGGCUACGUUUUCCUCGUGUUCACUACACUCAGUGCAAUGGCAAUUGCGGCCUGGAAUACAUGCUGUUGAAGGUUGCUCGUUAUACCAUUCGGCUCGUAAAAUGGGAAAGUCCGAAGUUUACGUGGCGAUAAUAUUUUUCCAUGUAUUUCACAAUUUCAAGCCAAUAUUUGUUUCAUAUAAUUGACGUACAGAUCCGAGUCCAUUGUAUCGACUAAGUACUUCAGAUCAAUGUCCAAAAUACAUGCGAAAGUUUGCAUAUCUGUUUACAUGAACGCCAUGAUUGUGUGUGCUUGUCAAGCGGCACGAAUCGGGUCACAACCCUUCUCCCUAGCUACCGGUCUGCGAUGCUCUGCUGAUCAAAAUUAGUCAGGGUCGACAGUUCAAAAGCCGUGCAAACAAGGAAGAUCCCGUUCUAUGUAAAUUCAAUACCGUACUUUCUGAGCCCCAGUAGCAUAUUUUUCACUUUAUAUGAGUUCCACCAAUGAAAUGCAAGGAUCUGUGAGUCAGGUAUAUUAAAAUAUAUAUAUUUAUCCACUUGAAUGUCUCAACCAAUCAGAAUGCUCGCAUAGAAUCCACGGUUGGAUAUGUUAUCUACGAAACACGUUUUUCUCAGUCAGUAAUAUAUAGAUAAUAAAUAGUAAUAUAUAACGAAAAAAAAUCAGAGAAAUACAUAUCAAAACAAUAAAUAAACUCAAACUGGACAAAAACGCCAGAAAAUGAGACCAAAAGGCAGAGAGAGGAUGGGUAAUACGAGAAUAAAUUAUGAUAUGAGUAUGUUGCCAGAAAUCUUGCCAUGGGAACUUCAAGGUGCCGUUACAAUUGUUUACCUCCAAAGGUCGUAGUUUAUAAAAUCUUAUUUAAACUUUAAAACAAAUCUAUAAAAUUGAGAAUUUUAGUCACUGUAUAUAGAAGACAUGAUGAUAUAGCAGUUUUUAAAGUCUCAGAAUCGGCUUUUGUUUAUCAGCAUAAUCUAGUCGUUGUAAAUUCCUUGCGAUGAUGACGACUUUGUCAUUGUUUUAUAUUUUAAUUUCUAUAUUUCUAGUGUAAAGGCAUUCAUAUUUAGGACCGAGGUAUGAGGCAAAUUUGAGUACGUCUAUAAUUGUCUCUGCAUUGUUCCUUUCUUUAACUAAACACCCUUAUGCAAUAAUCUUCAUAGCUUCAUAACAGUGCCAUAUGGAUUGUACCCCAGGGCGUGUUAGGUUUCUUCAUGUUCUUGUAUUUCUAUUUCUUGUGUUUUAUUAAACAUAGUAUUUGUCAAAUUUAUGAACUGGAUUGUUUGGCUAUUCCCCCGUUUCGGUCAUGCCCACUGGUCUCCACCUAUACAUGAAGACCAUGUCUAUGAGCAGAUUAAGUUGAGCUCAACUCGAGUCAUAACCUGUAGCGAUUUUACCGGCUCUGUUAUACGGGCACACCUAUAGACCCUGGGGGCCUUUUCAGCAUCGUAUUGGGUUUUUAUGGACCGCUCUCGUUAUGCCUACAGUUUGUAGGCUUAUGGGCGAUCAAAAUUUGCAGAAAUAUCCCCUUUUGGUUGGUUUUUCGAUUUUACUUGAAAUUCAUUCCAAAUGAAAAUUUGUCCCAUUAGGUUUAAAUAGGAUUGUAUUUUCUUGUAGUAUUGUUCUGAUAGCUGCGUAGGACUGUAACCUUUUGUGGGUUCCUCUGGGUUGUACUGACAGCCAGCCAUCGCUUUAGCAGGAACAAGUCGGAAGAAUACGAUUGUGGCGUGGACAGUGCAGACCUUUUAUCCCGUUUAAGGUUAUUUUGAGAGACGAUGAAACGGGUAGUAAAUGACAAGAGUCCGUA